GCGCCAAUGGUGAUAGGAGGUCAAUUACUAAUUACUGUACUUUCGUUGGUGGUAAUCUUGUUACCUGGCGAAGUAAGAAGCAAACAACUGUAGCAAGGUCCAGUGUUGAGGCCGAGUACAGAGCUAUGGCACAUACUGCACCUGAGUUUAUGGUUGAAGCUGCUGUCUACAUUGCUCGAAAUCUGAUCUUCCAUGAAAGGACCAAGCAUAUUGAAGUUGAUUGUUAUUUUGUUCGUGAUGCUAUGAUGCUGGGGGUUGAUCUCUACUCCAGCGAUUAUGUAAAGAAAUUCUAUUUUCUGUGGCAGGCAAGGAAAACUUUACGUCGUUUGAAGGGAAUUGUAAGGUUACAAGCAUUGACCCAGCACUAUCCUAUAAAGAAACAAGCAUCAACUACUAUGAACUAUCUCCAUUCUUGGAGCAGGAUACAGACCCAGAUUAAAGCUCGUAGAAUCUCAAUGGUAACUGAAGGCCGAAUUAACCAAAAGAAACUAGAGAAUCAUUUAAAACUUGAGGCGAAGCUUCAUGAGAUAGAGGUGGAGUGGUGUGGCGGCUCUGAAACCAUGGAGGAAAUUCUUGCCAGGAUAUACCAAAGAGAAGAAGCUGCAGUUAAGCGUGAGCGAGCCAUGGCAUAUGCAUUCUCUCAUCAGUGGAGGGCCAACUCUAGUCAGAACCAGGGACAGUUUGCCUAUGAACUUGGCAAACCUAACUGGGGUUGGAGCUGGAAGGAGCGUUGGAUU